CACCACCACCAAGAGCAACCACGGUUGCUGCGCCGACGGCUAAUAAUUUGCUGGCAAUUCCUUGCUACGAUGCGCAAUGCCUGUUGCGACACCAGCAGCAGCAGCAACAACAAGAACAACAAGCACAGCUGCUGCAACAACAGCAAAUGCAAUAUUUGCAACAACAGCAAACACAGUUGCUGCAGCAACAACAAACAAAAAUUUUGCAACAACAACAACAACAAGCCCAAUUGUUGCAGCAACAGAUGUUAACAACGCACCACCCAUCAUCCACUUACUAUGUGCAACAAAUGCCAACAACCGCAUUGUCUGUACUACCAACAACAUCACUAACACCACCACAACAACAACAACCAUUCUCAUUGCAAAUGCAGUUGCCGUUGUUGGAACAACAACAACAACAUCAGCAGCAAUUGCUUUUGCAACCAUAUCAACGGCAGCAAAUACAACAACAACCGCAAUUUGCUGUCUAUUUCGCGCCGCAGCAGCAAUUGUUGCCACAACAAMMACAGCAGCAACAGCAAUUUGUGCACUAUUAUCCGUAUGAGCCUACCACUGCUGUCUACAGCAGCUGAUGGGAGUCAAAAUAGAUGCCAAACGUGCAUGGGUUAGGCAACUGUCAAAGACACCAAAUUAUCCACUUUUUUUUUUUUUUUUUUUUUUUGAAAAAAUUAAAUUAAUUCGGAAGUAAGUUCUUUCUUCUCAAUUUGUGGAAAUUUUGCAGAAAGAUUUGUUCGCUAGAAAUUUUGUAGAAAAAGAGUCAGUUUUGAAAACAGUGAGCUUUCGAAAAAUUAAGCUUUCAUAAAAAGCGAGCUUUCAUUCAGAAAUAGAAUUUUGUAGAAAAGUGCCUUCGACAAAUUAAUCUUUUGCUGGAUUCUAAUAUCUUCGAUCCACAAAAAAAUGGAGCUUCCAAAAAAAAAACUCAUUUAAAAAUUAAUUUUGUCGAAUUGUGCCUUCGAUAAAUAAAGCUUUUAGUGAGUUUUAACUUUUCAAAUUAGUUUAAUAACAAAAAAUUCUAUCGACAGAAAAUGCAGCUUUUGAACAAAUCGAGCUUUCAUGCAAAAAUUUAAUUUUGCAUCAACGUGCCUUCGACAAAUCAAGCCUUCAGUGACUUCUAACAUCUUCGAUCUACAGUAAAGGGAGCUUUCUAAAAAAUUACGCUUUCGCAGGAAUCCAACUUGKAUUCAAAAUUGAAUUUUGAAAAAUCAAUUUUUCAAAUAUUUCUGCUUUUUAAAAAUUUCGCAUAUUUGUCAAUUUUCACUUCAGCUCAAGAAAGCUUUCACCAAUGUAAGCUCCUCAAACCAGCUGUCGUAAUUUUAGGCAUGUGUUUAGUAGAUUUUUUCACCUAAUAGAAGUUAGUCGAAUUUUUUGCUCGAAAGCUUAAACWAGCUCGCCUACUGAGGAACGUAAUAAUUACCCACAAAAUUAAGUUCUCUCCCACUUAAGACAACAUUGAUUACAGAAUAAACGCAAUUAGCUGCGCGUAGUGUUUUGAAAGUAAAAAACAAAAAAAAAAAAACAGCGAUUAAAGUACAAAUUUUUUUGAAUCCUUAUGCAUAUUGCAACUGUGUCUGCUGGCGUUGCAUACCUUUAGACGCCAAGCAACUGCUGUCCUGCUGCGCUGCAUACAUUGCAUUCAUUGCUCAGUAAGUGUUGGUUUUUGUUGUUGUUGCGCACUUCUCUUCUUCUCUCGUUCCUUCCAUUACCAUUUCAUCUCAUUCGCGCGCUUUUCUCUCGCUCUCACUUUUGCUGCGGCGUUGUAACCUUACAAUUCGACUGCUUUGCUGCUCGUUGCCCGUCGGUUUGCGUCACUGCUACCACGUUGCGUUACGACGGUUGGUUUGUGUCCACACUAUUUACUGUUAACUGUGUACUUUAUUAUAAUAUUUUUAUUUUUUAUACCAUACUUACUACUAUUUACAUAAAUGAUUACAAAUAAACACACACACACAUACACAUACAAUGAUUACGAAGUACUGCAUCUAAUGUAAUGAGUAA